CCCGCGGUAGCAGCCGCUGAGCCCGCCGCCGCCGCCGCCGCCGCUAAGCAGAAGAUGGCUGUGCCUCCCACGUAUGCUGAUCUUGGCAAAUCUGCCAGGGAUGUCUUCACCAAGGGUUAUGGAUUUGGCUUAAUAAAACUUGACUUGAAAACAAAAUCUGAGAAUGGACUGGAAUUUACAAGCUCAGGUUCAGCCAACACUCAGACCACCAAAGUGACGGGCAGUCUGGAAACCAAGUAUAGGUGGACCGAAUAUGAUCUGACGUUUACAGAGAAAUGGAACACUGACAACAUGCUAGGCACAGAGAUCACUGUGGAAGAUCAGCUUGCACGUGGACUGAAGCUGACCUUUGAUUCAUCCUUCUCACCAAACACAGGGGAAAAAAAUGCAAAAAUCAAGACAGGGUAUAAGCGGGAGCACAUCAACUUGGGCUGCGAUGUGGAUUUCGACAUUGCCGGUCCUUCAGUCCGGGUUGCCGUGGUGCUGGGCUAUGAAGGCUGCCUGGCUGGCUACCAGAUGAAUUUUGAGACUGCGAAGUCUCGAGUGACCCAGAGCAACUUCGCGGUUGGCUACAAGACUGACGAGUUCCAGCUCCACACUAAUGUAAAUGAUGGGACAGAGUUUGGUGGCUCCAUUUAUCAGAAGGUGAACAAGAAGUUAGAGACCGCUGUCAAUCUGACCUGGACUGCAGGAAAUAGUAACACUCGCUUUGGAAUAGCAGCCAAAUAUCAGAUCAACCCUGAUGCCUGCUUCUCCAGCCUGAUAGGUUUAGGAUACACUCAGACCCUAAAGCCAGGUAUCAAACUGACGCUAUCAGCUCUGCUGGAUGGCAAGAAUGUCAAUGCUGGCGGCCACAAGCUUGGUCUAGGACUGGAAUUUCAGGCAUAAAUGAAUACUGUACAAUCGUUUAAUUUUAAACUAUUUUGAGCAUAGCUACCUUCAGAAUUUAGUGUACCUUUUAAUGUUGUAUGUCUGGGAUGCAAGUAUUGCUAAAUAUCAUGUUAGACGUCCAGGUUAAAGAUGAUUCAGCUUUAAGGUGUUACCCUUUCAGAGGUACAGAAGAAACCCAGUUCCAAGAAAAGUCCUUUGAGCUGUAGACUUGGAGGAGCUUGGGGCCCCCUCUAGAGAGUUCAGGUUUCUUUUUUAUCUAGAAAUGGCUGCAAAUGGAAGCUGAUAAUUUGUAGGCACUUUGUUCAUUGGUAUUGAGUACAUGAAUGAAAUUAUGACUUCUUGAGAAUUGAACUGGGUUUCCUGUCUGAAGGAAGGAGAGACUCAUGGGUGGUAAUGUACACACUCAUCUGAAAGAGACUUUUUUAGACAGAUUUUCCUGACCUGUUUCCACUCCAGUCCAUCACCUCUUUUACACCAAAAGUAGUCUGCAGGGUAUGGUAGCUGUUUCUUUUGUGCCAUUUUGGGGGUGGAAAAGUUGGAUGUGAUGAAGCCAAUAAUUCAGGACUUAAUUCCCUCUCAUGUUGUGGUUUUCUGCCCUUGCACCAGAGUAUGAAAUAGC